AUGUCGCGGAAAGCGACCACCGAUGCAAGAAUCACUCAAGGUAGGCUGCAAGACAUCUGCAGGAUCUUCCCGUACAGUACUUCGUCCAUCAAUUCUCCUGUUCGCUUUGCGUAUUUCUGUCUAUUCGCUGCUGAUCAACAGUACUGCGCAAUCACAUCAAAUCCGCGAGCAAUGUCACUACAGUACAUCUCCGGCACGCCAUCUACGGCAGCGCAACUGCGAGGUGUUGUCACGAUUCUGAUCCACGGCGGAGCGCUCUCUUCAAGCAUGUAUCGAACAUCUACACCAUUCCUGAAGACGCCAUGGAUCGCCGUCGACCUUCCUGGCCAUGGCAAAUCAGUCGAUCUUGGUCCGUUCACGUUCGCUAGAUCGACUGAACUCCUCUCCAAUUUUCUCAAGGACCUGCGUCUGUCUGACGAGUACAGAGGCCACAAAAUCGCACUUGUUGGAAUCUCACUGGGCGGCCAAGCAGUUCUAGAUCUGGUGUUGGAGCAGCCCGAGCUGGUCGACACCGCCAUCAUCAGUGGAGUUUCAAUCCAUCCGCCGGAUGAUCGGGCGGCUUGGGAGAUGCCGCAUAUGCCAUCUGAUCAGGAAUGGAUUGAUGCUAUGGCCAAAGAUAUCGGCAUCGUGGGGAUGGAUGCGGCCGGUGCUAUUCAGCAGGAGAGCUUCGCUUUCAGUAUUGAUGAACGGCCUCGUCAACAAGCAUACCCACCCAUGCUGGUCUGCGUCGGUGAGCAUGACGUUGCCAUGGCCACGAGAGACUUCGCUGAGCUCGUUCAUGUGGUUAAGGAUCUAAAUCAGAACAGCGAAGGAUCACAGCUGCCUGGGGCUUGGCAUAAUCACUCCAUCGACAUUCCGGAGCAGUUCGCGGAAAUCGUCAAUACUUGGACUGAGAAGGGGGUCGAUGGUACCGAAGGUCCUGCUUUCGUGCGGACCGGCGCUUGA